AUGCACCCUUGCAUGGGAGUGUCAUCGGGUGCUCGUAAUUGUCAUAAAAACAUAAAUAUGCAGCCUAGAAAUGGUAUUUGUGAUAAAAUUGAAAAUUACAUAUCGGAAUUGAGUCAGUGGUCAGUAUGGAGAACAAUAAUACUUGGACAAUUUUUAUCAAUAGUUCUUUACUGGAUGACACAAUUAAAUCAUCAUAUAAACACUGUAUCUUUACCGAAGCUCAGUAUACCAACAGGACAAAAUCUCCCACAUUAUGUAAUGUUGUGCCUGGUAUACACGACGUGGAUGUCUUGUCGAGGUGCCGGGAAUGGAUUAAUUUCUGUUUUAAGAGCCCGAGGCUGGAGGUAUUUAUUACUUGCAUUUAUUGACGUCGAGGCUAACACUCUUAUAACUUCCUCUCACCAAUUUACAAGUUUGGCAAGUAUCCAGCUACUUGACUGCGUAGCUAUUCCAGUAGCUCUAGCACUUUCAUGUCUCGUUCUUGGUGUUCGAUAUCGCAUUGUUCAUAUCGUCGGAAUUUCCGUUUGUUUAAUGGGCGUUGGAUGCCUUGUUUGGGCUGGUAUUGACGACAAUAAAGAUCUUGGAAUAAAUGGUAAAAAUCAAUUAGUAGGUGACAUGUUAUGUCUCGGAGGUGCUGUACUAUUCUCAGUGACAACUGUCCUUCAGGAAUUAGCUGUCAAAACGGUUGAUAUUAUUGAAUAUUUGGGAAUGAUUGGAUUUUUUGGAACUAUUUUGAGCUGCAUUCAAAUUGCUGUGUUAGAGAGAUUGCAAAUAGAAUCAGCGUCAUGGAGUACCGCAACGCCAGUUGUAAUAACAGCAUUAGUAUUUUAUUGUAUAACGCAAUUCGUAUUUUUUUCACUUGUACCAGUGAUUCUAUUUGAAUCUGGUGCAACUGCGUUACAACUAUUCCUUCUUACUGCUGAUUUCUUUAAUGUACUCUUGGGUAUGCUGACACACCAAUAUAAGUUCCACACGUUAUAUUUUCUCUCGUAUACAUUAACAAUGACCGGCAUAUUUAUUUACGCAAUAAAAAGGACACCAAUGUCAUCAAAUUCACGCAGACAACAACAAAUAGAAACACCAGCACCAGAUUAUAGUGACGUGAUUUUAAGACGAAUGUCACACCCAGACGGUGGAGAAGUGGAAAUGGCCACAAGUUCAGGUAUGUCUGCAGUUAGUGGACCUUUAGAAGCAAUUGAUACUAAAGUACCAUCAAUUAUUGGAAGCGAACGAGAAACGAUGGAUGCUACUAGUUUACCAUUAAGUGUUAGCUCCGAUACGGCCUUUACAUCUUUCUAUGGUAGCCAAUCCAAUUUGUAAAACAUUUAAAUUAAAUGUAUUUAUUUAAUUUUUAACUUUUCACUUCACCGAUAAUUAAAUUCAUAAUUCAUGAUAAUUAUUCAUUAAUAACAAGUACACUAUAAAAAAUUUGCGGAGUGGAUGAUUUUAAAUUAUUCACUCCCCUUCGGAGUGAAUUUCACUCCAAAGGGGAGUUUCGGAAAAUAUUGAUUACAAAAAAAAUUACUAAUACAUAGUGAGCUUUCGUCUUCGAUAUUUUGACAUUUAUAUCGAGUACGAAAAUAAUUAUAAGCUCCCUUUCCACAUAUUCACGCGAAACCAUUUAAAAAAAUUAUAAACACCUGAUAAUAAAACUUUGACAAAUAUAAUUCCAGUGAGACACAAACUGUUAUUUGACACAUCAACCAUACCAUACGGAAAAAAAAAUAUUGUGCUUACCACUUAAUGGUAUCGUGAUAUUCACUUUCCUCGGUUGGUUAUACUUUGAACACGGAAAGUGUUGGUCUAUCGAAUCGUUAUUAUCGCGAUCCAGGCGGAUCCCGAAAUCAUAAGAUCGUUUUGCUAUUGUAACGAUCCGUUCUGUUAUAAUAAUGGCAAAUGCCCAUUUAAAAUUUGAGGUUAGAAUACCCUCGCAGAUUUGAAUCACGGUGGAAAUACCGUGGCUUUACCACCGUAUAUACAUCUUGUUUCCACUGUGACUACGCGGUGUAUCCACCGUGAUUCCACGGUGGCUUUACCACCGUAUAUACAUCUUGUUUCCACUGUGAUUACGCGAAGUAUCUACCGUGAUUCCACAGUGACUUUGUGUGAUUUCACCACCGUGGUUCCACGGUGUAUCCACUGCCUAAUCACAGUGGAAACACCGUGUACACACGGUGAUAAAGCCACCGUAGAAUCACGGUGGAUACACCGCGUAAUCACAGUGAUAAAAUGGAACAAACCCACGGUGUUUCCACCGUGAUUCAAAUCUGCGAGGGUAGAUGAAUUUUUAAUUUUAAUUUCAUUACAAUUUUAUUUAUAGUUAGAAUUAAUAAUACUAAUAAGUGCAAUAAAAAAUUAUUAUUUAAUAUCGCGAAAUAUAAUCAAGUAAUAGAAUAUACAUAAGUAAUUAAUGUCAAUUUUUUAUUUAAUAAUUUGGUUAUGAGUGGUGGCGCUUGAAAAGUAGAUCGCGAUAAUCACGAUCCGUUUUGGUAUGAUAUGGAUACGUUAAUUGA